GAUGACGGCCUUGGCAGCCGUGCGCAAGAGGCAUGGAAUCGCCUCCGUUCUCCCGCCUGGCCUAUAUAAAAGGAGCAAGAAGGCAUCCCCACAGGACAGCCCAGAGAAGGCAGCAAGUGCCCAGCAAACAGCCCUUGAACAUUUAACAGAAAAGAAGACUCAUCAGAGGGAUGGCACUGAGCGGCUCCUCAGGCACCCGCCCGGGGUCCAUGGGCAGCCGAGUCUGGCCGCGGCUGGAAUCUGUGUGCAUUGGGCUGCUGUGGACUGGUCCUUUCCGUGUUUCCUUGUGGAGACUCAGGCUGAUCAUGACCCCCAAAGCGGCACUUCUGGCUGGACUCCUGAUGUCCGUCUCAGCUUCUCAGGCGAGUCCUCUGCCCAGCGGCUUCUGGGACUCCUUCAGCCAACUGACUCAUGACAAGGACAGUCUGGAACAAGCCCAGCAGCUGGAACUGGGGCAGGGGAUGAGCAACCUGAAGGAAAGUCUCCAAGAUGGCGCCAACUAUGUGGGAAAUGUCCUUGAGAAGCUGGCCCCGCUGAAUAGGGGAUUCCAUCCCCAGUUCUCCCAGGAUGCCCACGGACUUCGCCGGCUCAUCAGUGGAGAGAUUGAAAGUCUCCGGAUGAAACUUUCUCCUCCUAUGGAUGAGGUGUGCCAAAAGAUCAGCCAGAGCCUGGAAAAUCUGCGCCUCCAUUUGACUCCCAUCACAGAGGAGUUGAUAGAUCAGGUCUCCCUCCGAGCAAGAGAACUACGCCAGCAUUUCAGGCCCAGCCUCAACACGAAGGCUCAGGUGCAGGAAGGUCUGGGUAAUGCCCACAGGUUUGCAGCCUCUUAUGCCCGAAAGAUGGCCUUUCUCACGGACCAGGUGAAGGAGAUUUUCCACCCUUACACUGACAGGCUGGUAAGUGAGAUCCGCCAUAGCGUGGAGGAGCUCCACAAAAACGUGGUACCUCAGGCCACAGUGAUGCGGGAGCAACUCAGCCAGAGUAUACAAGAGUUCUCUGACAAGCUGAUCCACAAUGUUAGGGAGCUCCAGCUUGAGAUUGAAAGGAACCUGCAGCACCUCCUGGGGCAGCUCAGCCUUCACUCCAGCGCCUUGCGUUCUCAGCACUUCUUCAGUAGCCAAGAAGACCUUCAGCGGGCCGUGCACCUGUACCUGGCGGAUAUGGCCCAGGAGGCUCAGGAAAGGAUCGAGGCCUUCAGGAGGGACGCCACCCUUCACAUAGAUAACUUCACAAAGACCACGGAGGAGGAGAUGGCAGAGAUGACGCUCAAGCUCUCUCCACCACCUCCGUAUUUGCAGAAGUUCCAGGAAAACUCCUCUACCCCAGAGGACUGGCACGUCAGACUGGCCACCCUGUGGAAGGACAUUGCCCAGAGUCUAAGUGAGCCAAGCGGCAGCUUCUACUGAAACCCUGUGCCCAAGCAUGUAGGCAGUAAAGGUCUGUUCAGAAUAGCCGGCCCUGGGGCUGGGGAGGUCAAGCUCACCCAUCAUACACAGAUUCCAUGACAGAUUUUUAGGAAUGGCUUGGUGCACCAUUAAGGCUGUUUGGAGGGGGAGCUGGAGCAGCGCGGUCAGGAUGGGGAGGAGGCCAGUGGGGAUGGCUGUCCCUUCAUGCCUCCUCUCUCAGUCGUGCUUCACCCUGCCUGCUGAAUGGCUGAGUGGUUGGUUGGCAGGGCUGGGAAUUCAGGACCUCAGGGUUACUGCUUUUGAAGUGUGAGCACUUAUUUCCAAGGACGUGGUUAACCUCAGAGCCCACCAUGUGAAGAUUCAUGCUUGGCACAUAGUGGUGACUUUAACAUGUCAGAAAUGUCCAGGUUAAUUCCAAACUUUUAGCUGGAAUGCUCCUGUAGAAGCCAGAUGGAUGGCAAGAGAAAAAAAGGAAUGAAACGAUCAUUUGACGUUUAGGAUGCUACCUAUUUGUAAGAACGUCGCCAUUCCUGCACUUUUUCUUCUCACAAAUGUUAGCAGAACUGCUGCUUUGAGUAAGGACAAAGUAAUGUCGUAAAGGCUACUGAAACAUCAGCUCCACAACGACUGUCCAACUUUUGAGACCACAGACUAAAAUGGCAAAACAGAUGAAGCUGAACUUCUGGCUUUUAACAGCCUUUUGAUAAUUGCUAGAUCAUACCAUGCAAGCUCUGUUUACCAAGGUUUGCUUAGGUUGUCACAAUGCAGUUUUACACAUCUUUACACGUCCCUUACACAUGUACAACAACUACCAUUUCUCUGAGUAUAAGACCUUAAAAAAAAGAAAGAACGGCCUAACCAAUGUGAAUCUAUGAACAACACAUUGUCAAGAGAAAUGUCAAAUUCAGCUUAAGUGUCUUGGACUGUAAACAACUCUUUAACUGUCUGCAGUAAAGUAACUUUCCCAUGUA